AGUAAAAAAUGUUGUCACAACUCGCAACACACCCCACACCCCUAUGACGGCAAAGGAAAGUGGCGAGUCCGUUGAGGUUGAGGGAUCCUGAGCGUCCACUGCAGUCUACAGUUCGAGGUGGAAGGAACUUUUUGGAGCUGUUGUCAACGAAGAAGCGAAGAGCUUAGGAAUCCUGUGUUCGAUCACUGGUUUGGUUUACUUCCCUAUCUCUCUCUCUUUUCCUCUUCGUGGCGCCUUCAUCCUUCUUUCUUUUCUCCAAUUAUUAUUGUAGAUUUACUUCAUAUCACCUAACGAAGUAUCGCACUAAAAAAUAGAGCUGAUUGGGGCUGCCGAAUUAUAAUUUUCUCUCUCAAAACUGAUGAUGCAGACGGAGCAAUUUGAUUGGUUAUAGAUCCAAUAUCGAUUCGCGAUCUGAACUGCAGAGUGACAAAUAAAAACCCUAUUCUCUAAUUCUCCACCGUUAUCGGGGAAUUUGUCCUUCACUGGACAGAAGGUGGCUCAGCCCUUGCAUCAUGCGCUUGGGCAUGUUAGGUUCUCCUUGCGUGUUUGUAAGAUUGAUGUUAGUAUGAGAGAUAUGCACCGAAAUUCUACUGGUAGUACUAAUAACAACACUACUAAUACUAACAAUAAGAUAUCGUCGGCACUGAGGCUGUCCGCACCUCAACAAUCUCUAAGACGCUUGGGAUUGUGUUCCCAGAUUGCAACAGGGGAGCACUCGUCCCCUAUUGUGUUCCCCGAAAAACGUGGCAAAGUGAAAGGUUCCAGGAAGAGCAGUGUCCCCACUACCAUUCGUCCAGAUGAUCAGGAUAUAACCAAGAAUUUUGAGCAUAGGAUUGACAUUGGAGGAGGUGGAGGAGGAGACGAGAAGUCUGAUUUGUUAGGAUAUGUGGUAUUCUCAGGAAAACUGGUUUUGGAUAAGAGAAAAUUUGCAAUAAAUAAUAAUGGUGAUUCUCAACAAAUUUCUUCGGAUAUUAGCAACCAAGAAGCUGUAGAUGCCAAACUAACAAGCAAGGCUUUAGUUUGGGGCUCCCAAGUGCUGCACCUUGACGAUGUUAUCUCGGUUUCUUAUAAUGCUGGUCUCAGACAUUUCACAGUGCAUUCUUACCCGUUGAAAAAGGCUUCAUGUGGUCUUUCUUGUUUUAUAAAAUCUCGACGAACUCACAAGGACUUUCGCUUUGUGGCUUCUAGUGUAGAAGAAGCACUUCAAUGGGUUGGCGGAUUUGCAGAUCAACAGUGUUUCGUGAAUUGUCUUCCCCACCCUUUACAGUCUUCGAAGAAGCAAGCAUCCUCAGAAUUAAUUCAUACGGAUACCCCUCCUGAAUUACUCUUUAGAUGUAAAACUCCACCUAAGAUGCUUGUAAUUUUAAACCCACGAUCAGGUCGGGGUCGUUCAAGUAAAAUGUUCCAUGGCAUUGUGGAACCGAUAUUUACGGUAGUCAAAACAACGUCUGCUGGUCAUGCUAGAAAUCUUGCAUCAAGUGUAGACAUCAGCACUUGCCCUGAUGGAAUUAUAUGUGUUGGUGGUGAUGGGAUAAUCAAUGAGGUUCUUAAUGGUCUCCUUAGUAGAGACAAUCAAAAGGAAGGAAUAUCUAUACCUAUUGGAAUUAUACCGGCUGGUUCUGAUAACUCACUGGUAUGGACUGUUCUUGGAGUUAGAGAUCCAGUUUCUGCAGCAAUGGCCAUUGUAAAGGGUGGUCUUACUGCUACAGAUGUCUUUGCUGUAGAAUGGAUUCAGACUAAUAAAAUUCACUUUGGAUUAACAGUCUCAUAUUAUGGUUUUGUUAGUGAUGUAUUGGAACUUUCUGAAAAAUAUCAGAAGCGCUUUGGCCCAUUGAGGUAUUUUGUUGCUGGAUUCCUCAAGUUCUUGUGCUUACCGCGCUACAGCUAUGAAGUUGAAUAUCUUCCAGCAUCAAAAACUGAGAGAGAAGGAAAGCUUUCUAGUGAAAAGGAAGUAGUCGACAUGUCAGAUCUGUAUACUGACAUCAUGAGCAGAUCAAAUAAGGAUGGAAUGCCCAGAGCAUCUAGUCUUUCAAGUAUUGACUCAAUAAUGACUCCAAGUCGAAUAUCUGGUGGAGACCUGGAUACUUGUAGUAGUACCCAUGCUAGUGCUGAACCUUCUGAAUUGGUGCGUGGCUUAGAUCCUAAGUCCAAACGCUUAUCAUCUGGAAGGGGCAAUGUAACAGCAGAGCCAGAAGUCAUCCAUCCACAGCUGCCUCUAUCAACAACUCCAAACUGGCCCAGAACCAGAUCUAAGUCAAGGAAUGAUAAAGGAUGGACUGGAUUAACCACUACACAUGAUACUUCUAGAUGGGGAAAUACAGCAACAUGUGAUAGAGAGGAUAUAUCAUCAACACUGUCUGAUCCAGGUCCUAUAUGGGAUGCUGAACCAAAAUGGGAUGCUGAGCCUAAUUGGGAUGUGGAAAACCCAAUUGAGUUGCCGGGGCCACCAGAUGAUACAGAAAUAGGAUCCACAAAGGAGGUUGUACCUCGUUUUGGAGAUAAAUGGGUUGUGUCAAAGGGACAGUUUCUUGGCAUUCUAGUUUGCAACCACGCAUGUAGAACUGUUCAGAGCUCUCAGGUUGUUGCUCCCAAAGCCGAGCAUGAUGAUAACACACUAGAUCUGCUCUUGGUUCAUGGGAGUGGACGGCUGAGGUUGUUGAGAUUUUUCUUACUUCUACAAAUGGGUAGACAUCUUUCACUGCCAUAUGUUGAAUAUGUCAAGGUAAAGUCUGUGAGGAUAAAGCCUGGUAAACACACACACAACGGAUGUGGUAUUGAUGGUGAGCUUUUCCCACUCAAUGGACAAGUAAUUUCUUCUUUGCUUCCCGAACAGUGCAGGCUUAUUGGUCGCUUUCGUAUAUGAUGACUGUGAGUUAUUUUCAAUUCUUUGAUGGGUUCUGGGAAGCUCAUGUACCUCAAUAUAUAAAUCCAGAUACCCAAUUUGUCUUGCAAGUUCCUUAUCGCUGUAACAGCUGAGCUUUGUAAAUGUUUUGUUCCGGUUAUAUGUAUCUGUUGUUGCUUGCUUAUUGUCUUCUCUAUUUUGUAUUCAUAAAAAAAAAAAAAAAACAAAACAAAAAAAAACUGCACAUUCGUGCAUUUCUUGCAACAAGAAGUUUCCUCUAAUUG